GGACAGACUCCGAGGAUCACAGAUGGACUGGCUCACACCUGAGAUGUGAAGUGUGUUAUGUGAGCCAAGGUGUUUUCCCACCUCGCUGGUGGUGGGGAGAGAUGCUGCACUCCGUUGCCAUGACAGCAGAAGUUCUCUUUGUUCUGGGGUUUCUGAUUAGCGGAGCUCAGUGCAACCCUAUAGCGACCUUACCAGCCAGCCGAGAACGACUGGAAAGAGUGUUGACCCAAGCCAGGGAGGACAAACACCAGGACAAGCAGGCCCCUGAGGAGCCGCUGGGAUACAGCGCUCAAAUCAAUGCUGUGGGCCCCAACAGGACUGCUGUGAGCAGCGCCAGGACGGACCUGGGCUCCCAGACACAAGGAUCUAAGGGCGGGAAGCCCCAGGAGCUGUGGACGGUACAGGACAGCCCGAACCAAAUAGACGAGGGCCCCACUAGUGACGUCACCCUCUCCCUGGACGCCAUUGACGAGUACGCCUACCCAGACUACAGGGGGAAAGGCUGCAUGGACGAGAGCGGCUUUGUGUUCGCCAUUGGUGAGCAGUUCACCCCGGGCCCUUCCACUUGCCCGUGCCUCUGCACAGACGAGGGCCCCAUGUGCACCAAGCCAGAAUGUCCCAAGGUUCACCCUCGCUGCAUUAAAGUGGACACUAGCCAAUGCUGCCCCAUGUGCAAGGAGAAGAAGAACUACUGCGAGUUCCGGGGCAAGAUCUACGCCUCGCUGGGGGAGUUUAAGGUGUCUCCAUGCGAGAAGUGCCGAUGUGAGCCAAGUGGGGAGGUGCUGUGCUCCGUGGCCGCCUGCCCCCAGACCGAGUGCGUGGACCCCGAGUACGAGCCGGAUCAGUGCUGCCCCAUCUGCAAGACCGGGCCAAAUUGCUACGCGGACACAGCAGUAAUACCGGCCGGCCGAGAGGUGAAGAUUGAUGAGUGUACAAUCUGCUACUGCACAUACGAGGAGGGCACUUGGCAGAUUGAGCGUCAGGCCACCUGCAGUAAGAACGAGUGCCAGCGGAGCUAAAGACUGGCACGGUCAGAGGGGACAUUGGUACGAAACACCAGCACCAAUCCGCAUGUGAACUCUCGGCCUUUCACGCUGUCUACCGGACAUCAGGGUCGAACGGCAGCCCUCGAGAUUUCAGCAUUUAUAGUCACUCCUGUAUUACUGAAAAGAAAAAAAAAGAAGCUUUUAUGAAAGUUUAUAAUCCACACAAAGAAUAUCUAUUUAUCUAUGUAUUAAACUAUUUAUGAAUAUCCACAAAUAUAGGAGUCAUUAAUGCUGAAGUAGUGAACGACUAUUUUUUAUAGCCUCUGUAUUUUAUUAAGCAAUGUAUUGGACCAGAGGUCAAUAAAACAGAAUGUAUAGAACACACACAGCUGUCUUUGACAUGUGGUGUCAGCCGACAAAUCCUGACACCCGCCCCUCUACCACCAAAGUGCAGACUAGACUAUGUGCGAUCCAUUUUGCUGUGUAGGACUAUCAAGUGCAGAGUAGAAAACAAAGACAACGAGGAAAACAGAAGGAAAUGUUAGAGGACUUUUGACUGUUUCCUGAUUUCUUUUAACUUUUUUUGGAUGUUAAAAACGUGUUUUGAUUUCAAAGUGCUUUUUUGUAUAUUUCUCUUGGUACCGUGUGUUCAUGUUUAAAAUAA